AUGGCAACUCAUGCUUCCAUUUGCUGCGAUGGUUGUGGCAACGGGAACCUCCUUGGCUAUCGCUUCAAGUGCCUGAAGUGCGCCGACUAUGAUCUGUGCCGGACGUGCUAUGACCGGAAGGUGGUGACACUGAACCAUCACUGGGGACAUGCCAUGCAGUGUUUGCUCGACGAGGAUGCCAAGAGGCUGCACUUUGCCGGCGAGCCAAUGCCAGUGCUGAACGCCGAGAGCUUCACCUGCCCCGUCUGCGGCGCUAUGGGCCACUCGGAAGUGGAUCUCGUGCAGCAUGUGGACGAGGAGCAUCGCAACUUCAGCGGCCUCGUCAUUUGCCCUUUGUGCAUGGCCGUGCCCUCGGCCGAUCCCGAUCUGCUGCGCAACAUUUGGCAGCAUUUCCGCAAUCUUCAUCGCAGCACACCGAGCGUGCUGGUCAAUGUUGGACGCAUUGCACGGGAGGUUGGCACCGAGCAGUCGCCCAUUGCCGGCCCGUCCAGCUUCUGGGGUCCGUACUGUGCCCAUGCAACGGCUCAGCCGCUGGCGCCGCUGGCACAGCCGAUACGCUUCAUCGAUGACAGCAGCGAUGAGGAUGAUGCCUAG